UCUUUCAGCAGGCUGCGCGUGAGACCCAGCAGUGUCGCGUGUGCUGACUGGUCGGUUGUGCAUGUACGUGUCAGUGGAAAUUGUAAACUUGAGCCAUAUCUCAUCGGUUUGAUUUACAGGCAUGGAGUAGCUUUAGAUUUUAUUUUAUCAAAAUAACGACAACCACGAUUGAAAUGGAGCAGAACAUCCAGAAUGUCCCAAUUGACAUCCAAACCAGUAAACUCUUAGACUGGCUGGUGGACCGGAGACACUGCACGCUGAAAUGGCAAAGUGCAGUGAUGACAAUUAGAGAGAAAAUCAAUGCCGCCAUUCAGGAUAUGCCGGAGAAUGAGGAGAUCAAACAACUGCUCUCAGGCUCAUAUAUCCACUAUUUCCAUUGCUUACGUAUAAUCGAAAUAUUAAAAGGAACAGAAGCGUCCACCAAAAAUAUUUUUGGCAGAUAUUCAUCACAAAGGAUGAAGGAUUGGCAAGAAAUAGUGUCCUUGUAUGAAAAAGACAAUGUCUACUUAGCUGAAGUGGCCAGUAUAUUGAUUCGUAGUGUAAGCUAUGAAGGUCCUGCUCUGAGGAAACAGGUGUCUAAAGCGCAGCAGCUGCAGCAGGAGUUGAGCCGAAGAGAACUGGAGUGUCAGAGCGGUGCCACCGACAUGAGGGAACGCUAUUAUGCUGCCUGUAAACAGUAUGGGAUACAGGGGGAAAAUGUGGCAAGGGAGUUACAAGCACUCGUUAAGGAUCUGCCUGUAGUUUUAGAAAAAACUGGUAAAAAAGCAGCCUGUCUGGAUGAAGCUAUAAACUUUUAUGCAGCCUUCAUAAACUUUGUUAGUGAUUGGUCUGGAGAAGUCCUGCCCACUCUAACAUUUGUCCAGAGGAAAGGAAACACAACUGUAUAUGAGUGGAAGACAGGAAAUGUGCCCACAGUUGUAGAGAAACCUGUAAUGGAGGAAGCCCCACCUGAUGUUGUCACAGAGGAGACUAUUGACUGGGGUAACCUUGGUGUUGGUGCUGAUACUGAAGAGGUGAAUUUUGGGAUUUCUGUUGAGGAUGGUGUCGACUUGGGUAUUAGUCUCGAGUCUGGCACAGAGGAAACCAGUGCUGGUGGUAUUGACUGGGGAGGCUCUGAACCUGUGGAAAUUGAAAUUGUGGAUGAUGGCACAGACUGUCCUGAUGGUGUUGCCAGAGGUGAAGAUGCGCUUUCACUUCUAGAAAACUCACAGACACGUGGCGAGUUCAUCAAUGAGCUGAAGGAGUUGGAAAUGUUCCUGUGUCAGCGGCUCAGUGAGAUGCGUGAAGAAGGCGACUUGGUGACCAUGAGUCAGUUCCAGCUCGCUCCCUCAAUGAUUCAGGCCCAGACUCCCGAGCGUGUGGAGGCCAUGCUGGCAGACGUGCGUGACCUGCUAAACGGGCUCACUUCAGUACGAAUGCAGCACCUCUUCAUGAUCCAGGCAUCACCACGCUACGUGGAGCGUGUUUCAGAGUUACUGCGGCAGAAACUCAAGCAGGCUGAUAUCUUGGUGUUAAAGCGUGGCACACUGGCUGAAAAACGACAAGAGGCUCUGGAAGAACAGGCCAGGCUGGAGCCCCGCAUUGAUCUGCUGGCUGCUCGCACCAAGGAGCUCCAGAAACUGAUUGAAGCUGACAUCUCCAAAAGAUACAACAACCGGCCUGUCAACCUCAUGGGAGUUAAUGUGUGACCAAGAGUAUUUACAUGCUGCACAGAUGUAUCAUUUCAUAAAUAUAUUUUUUUCCACGGUGAUUCCUUUUUAUGGUGGAAUAAAAUUGUUGCAGUCACAGUGCUUUGAAUAUUCAAAGAAGGCUGUAAAUAACUUGCGCACAGCUGGCCUCAUUAGACUGAAGUGCUGAAUUCAGUGAACGAACUGUCUUAAGAGGCCAACAUUUAAAUAUACAAUUGCUAACCCUAAUUUCUGUAAAGAAAAGCAUGAGGCAUUUUCCAUGGAUAGGAUAUCAAAACUCGAAAGAAAAAAGAAACGGUCAGAAAAAUAUUUUUAUUAAAAUAUUAUUUUCAUUUGUUUUUUGAAGAGUUCAGUGCGAAACCCUCUAAAUGCCUUUUGAAAUUCUUUUAAAAUUAGCCUUUUUUUUUCAGUGUCCUAUGUGUCUGUUCAGUAAUUUCACUUUAAUGACAAUAUACAGAUUAUUUUCAUUGCCAUUAAGGUGAAGAUAAACGUAGAAGCCUGAUAAAAAUGCUAAUUUUAGAAUAAAAUUUUAGAUCGCAGUUAGAGGCUCUUGCAACUGAACUCUUUAUAUCUAACUAGGGUUACUAGUUUUAAGACUGAGUUUGAUGCACUCAAAAAUUGCAUAACAGCUUAUUAGAUUUUUAAAUGAUUUUUUGUUUUACUACAAUAAAAUGAAUGUUGUCAACAGAUCAUCAUGAUUUCAGUUGAAACGGUAGUCUAAGGUGGAAUAUGCAAACAACUCCAUUUCAAGGGGGAGAUACAGACAGAUGAUGCAUUUUACUCUUAUUUGUUGUGAUGUUUACAAAAAAAACUGUUUUUAAAAUGUGUGGGGUCAUGUAAAAUAGAAAUUUCUUUCAGCAAGGAGACAUUAAACUGAUCAAAAGUGAAAGUAAAGACUUUACAUUGUCCAAAAAAUCCCGAAAAAUAUAAUGGUUUCCACAAAGGUAUUAUAUAGCACAACUGUUUUUAAAGGGAUAGUUCACCCAAAAAUUUACAUUUGAUGUUUAUCUGCUUACCCCCAUGGCAUCCAAGAUGUAUGAUCAAGUGAACCAAUUACACAUCAAUGUAUCGUCACGAGCCGCAUGGUUUAACUUAGUUUUGUUUGUGUAAGCUUUUUUUAUUGUAGAUUUAGCAUUGAUUCCCGUUCACCUCCAUCAUGAGACUGACAGACUGCAACAGUUUGUUUUAAAAAUCUCAGUUAGUGUUCUACUUUAGAAACAAAGUCACCUACAUCUUUGAUGCCCUUGGGUUAAGCAGAUAAACAUCAGUUUUUAAUUUUGAGGUGAACUACCCCUUUAACACUGAUUAAAGUACACAAGCUCUUACUUUCAAUUACUACAUUACAAUCACAUCAAAUGUAUUGUUUAAUUUAUUACAAUUUAUUCAUGUGAUGCAAAGCUGAGUUAUAUAUAUUAAAUAAUGUAAUGACAUUUGAUUCCAGACCUGAACUUGUGUACAUUACAUUAAAAGCUGAUGUAUUCCA